AUGCCGCCGACGGGCAAGGCGCGGUUCUUGAGGCCGACGGCGGUGACGUACUCGGCCGGCGACGACGGCCCCACAUCGGUGCUCAAGCACGAGCGCCUGUCGGCCAUCUGCCCGCAGGCCGUGCCCGACUGGCUGUGUAAGAAGGCGGCAACCAUGUACACGGGCUCGGGGAUCCCGCAGGUUCACCAGCGGAACCGCCUCGACUGCCAGUACGUGAUGCACCAACAGAUGCUGGACCCCCGCCAGACGGAGGACUGCCUGUUUCUCGAUGUCUUUGUCCCGCGAUCUGUCUUUGAAAAGGAGGCUUGCAACAGGACCCAAGCCGCCUUAGCUCCAGUCGUGGUGUCUUUGGGCGCAACACCCUUCGUCUUCGGCUCGAAGAACUUUAUCAAUCUAAACGAAGUGAGUCCCGCCAUCCUCACCAGCCAGUCAUCCCAUCCGGAUCCGUGCGGAACCGACUUCCCCAUUUCAGUGUCCAUCAAUUACCGGCUCGGUAUGUUUGGCUGGCUUACCGAUGAAGCUGGCUCAGCCAAUGCUGGCCUAUGGGACCAGCGUCUUGCCAUGGACUGGGUUAAAGCACACAUCGAGAAUUUUGGCGGCGACCCUAACCGCAUCACCCUCGUUGGCUCGGGAGGAGGAGCGGCAUCCAUAAUGCAUCACGUCACGGCAUUUGGAGGCCAGACAAAUCCGGAACCUCCCCCCUACAACCUACAAGGCACCACCCCAUUUACAUCUGCUAUCGCCGUUGGCCCCAAUUGGGACUUCCUACCCUUUUUCAAGCGCAGCUCCGACAGCGACAGUGACAGCAAAUACGAACGCAACCGCGACGCCACGCAGAAAGCCAUAUUAAAGAUCAUGAAAGUGAUUAUCGGUAAAGGUCUAUAUACGAUCGAUGAACUCCGCGACUUGGAUUCGUCUGUCUUGAUGAAAGUCAACCGAAAUCUCGUGAGAGCAGCCCCGAUGGACAUGCUCGUAUUCGGCCCUGUCGUGGGCGGCGACUUCACACCAAAACAUCCAGGGCUCCUGCUUCGAGACGGCCAUUUUAACGAUUCCCUUCAGCUUAUGGUUGGGCAUACUAUUUGGGACACGCUCAUCAAUGCACCAUUUCUCAAUUUCGGUCAACGUUUCGGUCAACACGACGAGCUAAACAAGCGCCUGACCUCCAUUUUGAAUGGAUACUCCAACACUACGCUCGACUUGGUUGAAACCGAAAUCUAUGAUGACGAGGCACGAGAGGAGCUCGUCGAUUGGUUCCACCCACCGCCGAACUUUCUCGGCACACAAACACCUCAAGAAGUUGUCUCCGGAAUCAGCAUGAUGGAGGAGAUUCUUGUGGGCUGCAACACCAGAAAUCUGGCUCGUGGACUCCCAGACUCUACAUACUCGUUUGAUGCCGGGUAUGCUCCUCUCCAGGGAAUGAUCGGUCUUUUCAGAGAUAAGCAGGACACAUCUGAGGGCUCCGGCUCCGGCGCAGGCGGCCCUUUUGACUUUCGGCAGCGGUUUCUGCAGUUUAUCAGCGGCACCACACCCAUCAUCGCCGCGGAUGAUAUUGGUACCGUACCCUGGCCUGUGUAUGGAGACGAUGGGAUAGUAGUGGAAGCAAGUAUGGGUGACAAAUGGGGAGCAGUCGUCACCGACGAUGUCUUUGACAACGGCCGCUGUGACUGGUGGACGGGAGAAGGAUACGAGAUACUGGAAGAAGAGUCAAAGGAUGCGGAGUGA